AUGUCGACCUUACUUGGACAAAAAUCUCCGUCGCAUGCUCAUGGUUUUAAAAUGCCAAGAAAGUUAGAUAUUGAAAAUACUUUAGGAAAAUUUGAUGAUAAUUGUACAAAUUCUGUGUUUACGAAAGAUUCUUGUCAAACAUUUGAUAGUUUACCUUUACCAAAGAAACCAUCAGAUUGGCUUCCACAGUAUAAAGAAAAAGGACAAACUUAUAUGGAAUUUCUUCAACUAUCUCGAACUCUUCAUACAAAAUCAUCUUGUCAUAGGAAAUCAAUUUAUCUAACAGUAUUCGGACAAAUUGAUAAUACAAUAUUUGAUAUUGAUAGUUUAAUUGAUUAUACUCAACGUUUUUUUCAAAUGGAAGUCAAAUUGAUCAAUCUAUUCAUUAGUAUUCAAUGGAAUGAUAACAAAAAUCAAUGGACAUGUACAAUGAAUUUAAUUAAUGGUAAAAGUCGUAUUUUUAAUCUUCGUACACGUUAUAGUGAAAAACCAAAACGUUCGCAACUAUGUGUUACAGCUAUUUUAAAUCUAUUUAAAAAAAUAGUAUCAGAUGAUGCAAGAUAUCUUAUUGCAUUAACAAUGUAUGAUCCUUAUGGCGAUGAUGAAGAUUUAUUUAUUGCUGGUUUAUCUAUGGGUAAUUGUCGUGUAGGAGCAUUUUCACUCUAUCGGUAUGAUCCAUCUUUAACAUUUAAUCAAUCAUAUUGGUUUAAUUGUAAAUUGAAAACUGUUACAAAAUCAAAGAUAGAAAUUGUUAAACGACGAAAGGACCACGCACGUUAA